CAUCGCAUUUUGUGGUCUUCUAUCAUGGUUUCAGUACACAACUUUACCUUACUAACCAUAGAAAUAACUAGUUAGACUCUUACUAGUGUCUAUUUAUAUUUCUAUGAUAGUAUACAGUGUUUUAGUUUUCUAGGCACAUCAUGAAUCGUUGUAAACGCAGACUUUGGGAUGCGUCAAAAUCGGAGCUAACCACGAACUCGGGACUUGUGACUCUUUCAUCUAAGAAGAUACAGAAGUUAAACACAGAGCCUGCAAAAAGUUGUUAUACCAGUGCCAUUGGCAAUAGUGGUCAAGAGUUCAGUGUUACUGACAGUAGUACAGUUCAAAGUAAUGAUUCGCGCUUGUAUUCUUCUGAAGACAGCAUUGUGAAGCGACCAGCUCUGCCAUCGAGUGUCUAUAAUGUUAACUGUGAACACUUGGCAAGACUGUUACUGGGAAAGUGUAUUGUAAGGGAACUUGAGAACGGCACACAUGCCUGUGGCAAGAUAGUUGAAACAGAAUCCUAUCCAGGAUCAACUGAUAUGGCGUCCCAUUCUUAUAAAGGCAAAACGUUGCGAAAUGCAGCGAUGUUCAUGGAUCCUGGAACUGCAUAUGUAUAUAAUAUUUAUGGAAUGUAUCAAUGCUUCAACAUUUCGAGCAAAGGCAAUGGUACGGCAGUGCUAAUUCGCUCUCUGGAACCAGUGGAAGGCACUGAUGCAAUGAGAGCUCACCGUCUUGCCAAGAGAAGAGGAAAAUCUAACACACCACUUAAGGAUACUCAUCUAUGUAAUGGGCCAUCAAAACUUUGCCAUGCUAUGGACAUCUCCAAAUCUCAGUUUGAUCAGCAUGAUUUAACAAAGGGCAUUUCAUUGUGGUUGGUGGAUGGAGAUCAAGAUAUUGCCCAAGAGGAUAUAGUGCUGACGACAAGAAUUGGAAUUAAUGGCCCAGGCAAAGAGCGGCUUGCACGCUUCUAUGUAAGGGGAAAUUCCUGUGUGAGUGUCAGAGACAAAAAAGCAGAACAUUCAUAAAUAUAUUUAUAUAUAAUAUAAAGCAGCAUUUCCAUAAAAUAUUCACUUUGUGCGCUUCUUAUAAUCGCCGCUACUGUGAAUGCUCGCUUGGAAAUAUGAAUGUCAGUACCUGCAUUACUGACCCUAGACUAAUUGUUUAUCACCUGAGAAAAUGUUAUUUUUUGUCAUUUAUAUUAUUGUAAUAGUGAGGAGAUCUCAGACUUGUGUAAUUAUAAUUAAAUAUACAUAAGUUAACUAUGUCAUCUAGGAACAGAUUGUCUAUUUUACCUUUUUGAUAUAAGCAUGAAGAAACCUAUUUAUACUCUAUAUCUAUAGCUUCAUGAAAUCAGUUUGUAGCUUGAUGAUAUGUCACGUUCUAUUGAAGUGGCUAUGACUUCCAAAUAUUGACUCAACAAUAUAUAUUGUUGAGUCAAUAUUUGGAAGUAGGUAUCUGCACAAAUAUUGUUGAGAUUGAUGAGGAAACUUCGUGACUCUUGUGCUAUUUCUAAACCUCGAUUUCUUAACGAAAUAAAUAGGCUUUACAUGUACUAAUAAA